AUGGCUGCUGAGAAACAGGUUCCCGGAGGCGGCGGCGGCGGCGGCGGCAGCGGCGGCGNGGGACGCGGUGCCGGAGGAGAGGAGAAUAAGGAAAACGAACGACCUUCGGCCGGAUCGAAAGGAAACAAAGAAUUCGGGGACAGCCUGAGUUUGGAGAUUCUUCAGAUUAUUAAGGAAUCGCAGCAGCAGCAUGGCUUACGGCAUGGAGAUUUUCAGAGGUACAGGGGCUACUGUUCCCGGAGACAAAGACGUCUCCGGAAAACACUCAACUUCAAGAUGGGGAACAGACACAAAUUCACGGGGAAAAAAGUAACUGAAGAUCUUCUGACUGAUAACAGAUAUUUGCUUCUGGUUCUGAUGGAUGCUGAAAGAGCCUGGAGCUAUGCCAUGCAGCUCAAACAGGAAGCUAACACUGAACCCCGAAAACGGUUCCACUUGUUAUCUCGCCUGCGCAAAGCCGUGAAGCAUGCAGAGGAAUUGGAGCGCUUGUGUGAGAGCAACCGGGUGGACGCCCAGACCAAGUUAGAGGCUCAGGCUUACACAGCCUACCUCUCAGGAAUGCUGCGGUUUGAGCAUCAGGAAUGGAAAGCUGCCAUUGAGGCUUUUAACAAAUGCAAAACUAUCUACGAGAAGCUUGCCAGCGCUUUCACGGAAGAGCAGGCCGUGCUGUACAACCAGCGUGUGGAGGAGAUCUCACCCAACAUCCGCUACUGUGCAUAUAACAUUGGGGACCAGUCAGCUAUCAGUGAACUCAUGCAGAUGAGACUGAGGUCUGGGGGCACCGAGGGUCUUCUGGCUGAGAAAUUGGAGGCAUUGAUCACUCAGACUCGAGCCAAGCAGGCAGCUACCAUGAGUGAAGUGGAAUGGAGAGGGAGGACAGUCCCGGUCAAGAUCGACAAAGUGAGGAUCUUUCUAUUGGGAUUGGCUGAUAACGAGGCAGCCAUUGCUCAGGCUGAGAGUGAGGAAACCAAGGAGCGUCUGUUCGAAUCCAUGCUCAGCGAGUGUCGGGACGCCAUCCAGGCUGUUCGGGAGGAGCUCAAGCCGGAUCAGAAACAGAGGGAUUUCACCCUAGACGGGGAGUUGGGGAAGGUCUCUAAUCUUCAGUACCUACACAGCUACCUGACUUACAUCAAGCUGUCGACAGCGAUCAAGCGCAACAAGAACAUGGCUAAAGGUCUGCAGAAGGCCCUGCUGCAGCCGCAGCCUGAGGAUGACAGCAAGCGCUCUGCCCGGCCCCAGGACCUGAUCCGGCUCUACGACAUCAUUCUGCAGAACCUGGCAGAACUGCUCCAGCUCCCCGGCCUGGAGGAGGACAGCGCCUUCCAGAAGGAGACGGGCCUCCGGGCCCUGGUGUACAAGGCCUACAGGUGCUUUUUUAUUGCUCAGUCCUACGUGUUGGUGAAGAAGUGGAGCGAAGCCCUUGUCCUAUAUGACCGAGUCCUGAAAUACGCAAAUGAAGUGAGCGCAGGGUCCGGGGCCUUCAGGGACAGCCUCAAGGACCUGCCCGAUGUGCAAGAGCUCAUCACGCAAGUGAGGUCGGAGAAGUGCUCUCUGCAGGCGGCGGCCAUCCUGGAUGCAAGUGACUCCCACCAAACAGAGACUGCCUCCCAAGUCAAGGACAGUAAGCCUCUGGUUGAACGGUUUGAGACAUUCUGCCUGGACCCCUCCCUUGUCACCAAGCAGGCCAGCCUCGUGCACUUCCCCCCUGGAUUCCAGCCCAUCCCCUGCAAGCCUUUGUUCUUCGACCUGGCCCUCAACCACGUGGCUUUCCCACCCCUGGAGGACAAGCUAGAGCAGAAGACCAAGAGCGGCCUCACUGGCUACAUCAAGGGAAUCUUUGGAUUCAGGAGCUAACCAGGCUCUUCCUGGGGGCAGGGGGGAGGUUCUGACUCAGUCUGUAUUGUGCGAAAACCCCAGCAAGUUCCGUGAUAUUAAAUCCAGGUCCGAGUUGGCCCGGGGCGGGUGCGAUGUCCUCAGCCCUGUGUCCAUGUCUUGUGUGUUUGUGCACUUACAUCCCUAACCAUGUGCUGGAAGGGUGGGAGCCCUAUUGUCUUCUGGUGUGUGUGUGCAGGUCCCUCUGUCCCCUGCUCCUGGGGGAGGGCCACUGCCAUCUGGUCCCAUGUGAGCUGUGACUGAUAUCCUUGCUCAGUAAUGUGUUCAGGGAGGAGGUUCACACCAGGCACGGCGAGGGGUUUGGGACGUUUUAUCCCAUUUCUUCGGUACCGUGGAUUGGAAACGAACUCCUCGCUGUGAGUAUCCAGAAUCCCUCGAAGUUUGUCCAUGACUAGGAUGCGUUGGCAGCGUCACCCCAGAAUGACAGUCAGCCUUAUCCCCUUCGCCUCCGAGUGAAAGUUAAGAAGUUUCAGAACAAGCAAAGAGCUCUAUUUUUAGAAGAAAUGUGUUACUCUCAGAAAUGAUGAGAACAAAUCUUAUAUUAAAAGGCAAAGACAUUGGA